AAAGCGCGUAUUGUUAUAAUAGCCAAAGAUGACCGAUAGUAGUCAAAUGGUUCAAGUGGAAUAGUUCUAGUCACAUUCAGAUGGAAACACUCCUAGUUGGGUACAACUGACAAGUUUGCGUUCGACAAAAUGAUGGAAAAUGAAGAAAGAACUCCAUUGAUUACGCCUGCUGUCGUGCCAAAUCAGUCUUAUUAUGGCGGAAUCGAAGAUGCGCGCGACGCAAUGUCUAAGUUUGUGGUCAACAAUGUGGCGGGAGAGUCGGGUCGCAAGCUGCCGCAGUAUAUAGCGGGUCUGGCUGCCUCUGGAGGUGCUCUUGCGGCCGGAACAUUUCUCGGCUGGACGGCACCAACCGACAAGCCGCUCACGGAGCAGAUGGAAUAUGGGUUCCCCGUAUCGGCUGAAGCUUUCUCCUGGAUUGGUUCAAUCUCCAAUCUCGGUGCCGCGGUGAUGUGUUUCCCUAUCGGCUACAUGAUGAAGCUGAUCGGUCGCAAAUGGUCUAUGCUGGCAAUGGUGCUGCCCCUGAUUCUUGGCUGGUUGCUGAUCAUAUUUGCCGAAAACGUGGCAAUGAUGAUGGUGGGCCGCUUUUUUCUUGGAGUGGGCGGUGGUGCGUUUUGUGUUGCAGCUCCAACUUACACGGCAGAAAUCGCUCAACCUUCAAUCCGUGGCACGCUCGGUACCUUUUUCCAGCUCAUGGUGACAGUGGGCAUCCUGUUUGUAUACGCAGUAGGAGCUGGCGUCGACGUGCAGCUACUCAGCAUCAUUUGUGGUAUUAUUCCACUUGUGUUCGGAGCUAUCUUUUUCUUUAUGCCUGAAAGCCCAUACUACUUCGUGGAAAAAGGUCGCUAUAGUGAGGCGUCGAGCUCGUUGAAAAAACUUCGCGGUGCGCAGUACGAUGAAGCUGCCGAGAUUGAAGAUUUGAAGCAGGAAGACGCGAAAAUGAAAGCGGAAUCCAUCACGAUACUGGAAGCGUUCCGUCAGAAAGCUACAAUUCGCGCACUCUACAUUUCACUGGGCCUGAUGUUUUUCCAACAACUAUCCGGCAUCAACGCGGUCAUUUUCUACAACUCCGACAUCUUUGCUAGUGCCAACGGAGGCGAGGAGAUGAGCUCGGCGUCUAUCAUCGUUGGUGGUAUACAGGUUGCCGCUACGCUGGUGGCCUCUGUCGUGGUCGAUAAGGUUGGGCGAAGAAUUCUCCUACUGGUGUCGGACUUCAUGAUGGCCGUCUCGACCAUCCUGUUGGCUGUCUACUUCCAAUUGAAGCAAGACGAUCCCUCAAAGGUAGCCGACCUUAGCUGGCUGGCAGUACUUUCAGUCUGCCUGUUCAUCGCAAUGUUUUCCAUCGGAUACGGUCCCGUUCCAUGGCUGAUGGUCGGUGAACUGUUCGCCAACAAUGUCAAAGCGUUCGCCAGUCCGGUUGCUGGCGUAUUUAAUUGGUUGCUUGCGUUCCUGGUGACAAAGGUGUUCGUCAACCUGAAGGACGCCAUGGGCGAAGCGGGCGUAUUCUGGCUCUUUUCCGGCAUUUCCUUGGUGGGCACAGUGUUUGUGUUCUUUGUGGUGCCGGAAACAAAAGGAAAAUCGUUGAACGACAUUCAACGACUUUUGGCAGGCGAGAAGGUGAACAAUUCCGAUCAAAUCAGUUUCGAAGCUAAGAGUGAUGAUACUGUGCAGCAGGUUGCCUAAUUUAAUUGUAGUGUUGCGUAUAAAAAUCGCAUGUAGAAAAAAUAAGAAAAAACUGUUCAGUAGGUAUUCGUUACACUUAUUUUAGGAUGAGUUGUUCGCCAUCUGUUUGUAUCGCAUGUGUAAUAUUCUUAUCGACCUAUAAGACUGUGACACAGUACAUUUGGCAACACUCACAGUACAACACAACACUUAAAUGCUUUGCGUUUUUGCAAUUGACUGAAAAGUUUUGCUCUACAAUUUGGAACUAUUGUAUCUUGUAAGUUGCGAGGGAAGACAAAUGCCGUCUUAAUUACUAAUUCGAUCAGUAUAAAGUCAGUAUAAAGUAUAAAAAUUGAGGUAAGUAUGCAAUAUUAGUCUUGCAGAAAGUAAAACAGAAAUCUUAUUAAGGGAAUAAAAGUUCAUUUUAUUUUUUUAAUUUUUCAAA